AUGCUAGUGUUUAAUGGCACCGUGAACGUUAGGAUUGUAGAAGCGUCCGAUUUGAAACCGACUCUGUGGCGCACAAGGUUUUCUAGUGUUACAUCGCAAAAGGGCUCUCAGCUGUUAGACCCAUACUGUAACGUUGACGUUGAUGAAUAUCUGAUCUACACGACCACUACAAAGACCAGGACUUACAACCCGCGGUGGAACGAACAGGUCAGCACUGUUGUCCACGAUGGGCAGAGCAUCGGUUUCUCCGUAUUCCAUGACUGUGCUAUUCCCCCAGAUGAUUUUGUUGCCAACUGUCGCAUCAUGUUUGAAGAGUUGGUUUCUGACCUCAACGACAUCUGGGUAAGUUUCUAG